AUGCAGACUGCUUCUACAAACAUUUGUGAAAGACUGUGCAAUAAGUCCAUCAGUGAAAUUUCCUUGCUACUAAAUAUUCCACGGUCAACUGUUAGUGGUAUUAUAAGAAAGUGGAAGCAACUGGGAACAACAGCAACUCAGCCACAAAGUGAUACGCCACAUAAAAUGACAGAGUGGGGUCAGUGCAUGCUGAAGCGCACAGUGCACAGAAGUCAUCAACUGUCUGCAGAAACAAUAGCGAACGACCUACAAUCUUUGUGUGGCCUUCAAAUUAGCACAACAACAGUGCAUAGAGAGCUUCAUGGAAUGGGUUUCCAUGGCUGAGCAGCUGCAUCCAAGCCUUACAUCACCAAGUGCAAUGCACAGUGUCGGAUGCAGUGGUGUAAAGAACACCACCACUGGACUCUAG